AUGGAGACACACAGGGACCAGGACGGCCUCGAGCUGCGCAGUGUGGGCGGGAAGCAGCUGCUCCAUUCCACGGCCGAAGUCGAGUCUGGGCAGAGCAAAAGCGCCUCUGUCUUCGAAGGAGCCAACAAUGGCGACCCGGACCAAGAGCUGUACUCGGGCCAUACGGCCAACGACAAGAGGGACAUGCAGCGCAUGGGAAAGAAGCAGGAGUUUCGGAGAAACUUUCGGAUGCUGUCCACGAUCGGAUUUACGAUUUGCGUGACGGGCACUUGGAUCAUCCUCUUGACAUCCAACACGCAGGGCCUCAUCGCGGGCGGCAUGGCUGGCCUCUUCUGGUCGCUUGUUUGGUCGCACAUCGGCCAGUUCUUCAUCGUGCUCUCGCUCGCCGAGAUGGCGUCCAUGGCGCCCACCGCCGGCGGGCAGUACCACUGGGUUUCUGAAUUUGCGCCGCGCGAGUAUCAGAAGAUCCUGAGUUACCUGUCGGGCUGGCUCUCGACUGUAUCGUGGCAGAGCAUCGUUGCGCUGGACGCCUUCCUCAUCGGAUCCAUUAUUCAGGGACUCAUCACGCUCAACGACGAGUCGUACUCCCCGACACGGUGGCAGGGCACGCUGCUUGUCUUUGCCUCGGUCAUCGGCGUCUCCCUUUUCAACGUCUUCGCCGCCAAGCACCUGCCGCUUGCCGAGGGUACAUUCGUGACUCUAUACAUCUUCUCUUUCUUCCCCGUCAUCAUCACGCUGUUGGUCCUCGCCCCCAAGCAGUCGGCCAGCGCCGUGUUUACGCAGUUCACGGACAACGGCGCCGGAUGGCCGUCGAUAGCGCUGACGGUCAUGGUCGGGCAAGUCUCGAGCAUGUUUGUCGUGUUAGGCUCCGACUCUGUGGCGCACAUGGCCGAAGAGAUUAGGGACGCGGGCAUCGUUGUGCCCAGAUCCAUGGUCUGGUCGUUCCUGCUGAACGUCCCUUUUACUUUUGCGCUCCUCCUGACGUACCUCUUUUGUAUCGGAGAUGUGACCGAGGCGCUCGCUUCUCGGACCGGCUUCCCGUUCAUCUACGUCUUCGAAAACGCUACGGGGACGGUUGGCGGCGCGACGGGCCUCACGGUCGUGGUGUUGGUGUUGCUCACCAUGAUUACCAUUAGUUCGCUGGCGUCCACGUCGCGCCAGACCUUUGCCUUUGCGCGCGACAACGGGCUCCCGUUUUCCAACUGGCUUGGAGCCGUCCACCCUACGUGGCACGUCCCCGUCAACUCGGUGAUUUUCACGUGCGGAUUCUCCAUGGCGUUUGCGCUCAUCAACAUUGGCUCGACGGUGGCCUUCAACGCCAUGCUGUCGCUGUCCACGGUGGCUCUCAUGGCGACCUACGUCGUGUCGGUCGGCUGCGUGACCGCCAAGCGCCUCCGAGGCGAGCCCCUGCCGCGCUGCCGCUGGAGCCUCGGACGGUACGGGCUGCCCAUCAACAUCGCCGCCAUGGUCUACUCGUGCUGGUCCUUCUUCUGGAGCUUCUGGCCCAACGGCCGCAACGUCACGGCGGAGACGUUCAACUGGGCGUGCGUCAUCUUCGUCGGGCUCAUGGGCCUAUCGUCGAUUGUGUACUUUGUCAAGGCGCGACACGUGUACGAAGGACCGGUGGUCAAGGUGCAGGAACAAAAGGACUGUUAG